GAGGCCAAAAUGGCCAGUCUUAACUCCACAUCUGACUUUCUGCUCCUGGAAUUCUCAAAGGUUCAAGAAUUACAGAUUUUACACUUCUUUGUCUUCUUAGUAGUAUACUUGAUAGCAAUGACAGGCAACCUUAUUAUCAUCCUUUCAGUAGCUUUUGAUCACCAUCUGCACACUCCCAUGUACUUUUUCCUAAUGAACUUGGCCAUUCUGGACAUUGGGUCAGUUUCUGUCGUGAUACCAAAAUCAAUGGCCAAUUCCCUCUUGAACAGGAGGUCAAUUUCUUAUUCUGGGUGUGUAGCUCAAGUUUUCUUUCUCUUCUCCUUUGGAGGUUCGGACUUUGCCAUCCUAAUAGCAAUGGCAUAUGAUCGCUAUGUUGCCAUUUGCAAACCACUACAAUAUGGAACAAUUAUGCACAAAGGAGCCUGCAUUCAGAUGGCAGGAAGUGCAUGGAUAAGUGGGAUACUUUAUGCCAUAUUACACACGGCUGGCACUUUUGCCAUCACCUUCUGCUCUAAUAUGGUCAAUCAGUUCUUCUGUGAGGUCCCACAGUUACUAAAACUCGCCUGCUCUGAUCUAUACCUAGUUGAAAUUGGCUUACUGAUUCUUAGCUUUAUUGUAGUGCUAGGAUGCUUUAUCUUCAUUUUUUUAACUUACAUGGAGAUUGUUGCUACUGUGCUUAGAAUCCCCUCAGUGCAGGGUCAAAAAAAAGCCCUCACCACUUGCCUUCCUCACCUCACUGUGGUAUCUUUGCUUGUUUUCACUGGAAUGUUUGCUUAUGUAAGGCCUCCUGCUAACACAUCAUCUGAUCUUGAUAUUGUUUUUGCAGUGAUUUAUGCUAUACUCCCCCCACUACUCAAUCCUUUCAUCUAUAGUAUGAGAAACAAAGAGAUCAAGACUGCUUUGUUGAAGCUUUUUAAUUCUGGCCAUUCGUCAUCAGUCACCAACAGAACUAUUCCAUGA